CGGGGAUGACACUCGCAGGUGUAAUUUGAUUGGAUCCUAAAAACGUCAAUUUACACGACAGGAACAACUUUUAACGCACAUGUAUCGUGAAUUUGAUCGAGGACAAACGUAGGAAUUCACAUUGUAAACAAACUGACGCAUGAUGCUCAGUGACAGCGAAGCCGAAGAACUUCUGUCUUUUCUCACGCUGGAGACGAGACCUGAUGUCAAAGGUCAUGCUACAGAAUACAUUGUGGGUCUCACGGGAAACCCGGAUGGAUGCCGGUACCUGCGGUCCAAACCAGACUUUCUCAAAGCCCUGGUGACUCUAACCAGUGACGCUUCCAUCGCUAUCACCAAAGACUGUUAUCACGCCCUGAUAAACCUCUCAGCGGAUGAGACCCUUCAUCAGCCUUUGGUCAAGGAGACAGACAUUUUGCCCACCCUGUUGCAGAACUUACUAGACCCAGAGUAUGUGUUUGCAGAUCGUAUCUGCACGAUUCUCAGCAAUCUCACCCGACAUGAGAGAACGUGCCGAGUCGUGUUCAGGGUUCUCCAAGAGCAGAAUAUAGGACUGGCGAAAGUGGUUGAGAUCUUCUGUGCAGAAGGUUUUAAUAAGAAAGCAUCGCUGCAUUAUCUGGGGCCUCUGCUGUCCAACCUCGCACAGCUGCCUGAGGCCAGAGACUUUAUUCUGGACAAAGAGAGGUGUGUGAUUCAGAGACUCCUGCCAUACACACAGUAUGAGAAAUCCACCACCAGACGAGGAGGAGUGGUGGGAACUCUCAGAAACUGCUGUUUUGACCAUGCUCAUCAUGAGUGGUUGCUAGGUGAUACAGUGGAUAUUUUACCACAUCUUUUAUUACCGUUAGCCGGACCUGAAGAACUGUCAGAAGAAGAGAAUGAAGGUUUGCCAGUGGAUUUGCAGUAUCUGCCAGAGGACAAAAAGAGAGAGGCUGAUCCUGACAUCCGCAAGAUGCUCUUAGAGACCCUGAUGCUGCUUACAGCUACUAAAGUGGGCCGAGAGAUUUUGAAGAGCAAGAAUGUUUAUCCCAUCACGAGGGAGUUUCAUAAAUGGGAGAAGGAUCCGCAUGUGAUCUCGGCCUGUGAGAAACUAGUCCAGGUUUUAAUUGGCGACGAGCCGGAGGAAGGAAUGGAGAAUCUGAUGGAGGUGGAGAUUCCUCAAGACGUGGAAGAAAAACUGAAGGAGUUUGAUGCCAAGGAGCAGCAGCAAAUAGAAAAUGAAGCUCAGGAAUCUGAGGAGAAGAAUCAGAAUGAAUCUCCAAAGGGCCUGGAGAGAUGAACACUAUAACGCUUCAAGAGACAUCUAAUAACACCACAAAAAUCAGUGAUUGAGAGCUGGACGAAAAUUGUGGAUGUGGAUCCACAGGACACAGAUUUCUUCACGUGACGACACCGUUCAUUGACUGACAGCACAACGAAAAUGUGCACAAUCCCAGCAAACAGUAACAAAUUGGAUAAUUUCACACUUUUAAGAGUCUCUUUAAAAUCGGUCCUAUAUGAUAAAACAUUUACUAUAGUAAAACUAUAGAAUAUUUACUAUAGAAUGUGAUGUGUAAAUGGUACUUUAUCGGACACUAAUAAAGAAAUCUUAUUGGCUACA